AUGGCCCCCAAAAUGGUCUUCAAACGCCGGUGUAAGACUCGUGUCCGUUCGGGAUGUAUCACGUGCAAGGCCAGGCGCGUCAAGUGUGGUGAACAGCACCCGAAGUGUGAUCAAUGUGUCUCUCGCGGUCUGAUCUGCGCUGGCUAUGAGCUACACUUGGUACCCUUCGAGACGACCAGCUGGAGGUCCAGGCUACCACUUCUUCAGCUCGUUCCGCGUACUGAGCGCAUGGAGCGAAAGCUGUUCGCAAACUUCGUGCAGCGUGGUGAACAUGUCACGAACGGCAUCAUUGACAAUGGACCUCUACACAUCAUUUUAUGCCAAGCAGCUCAGACAGAGCCAGUCAUCUGGCACGGCAUCAUCGCGUUGGAAGCCAGCCAAGAGCAUGAAAGCCACUAUGCUCUCAAUCAAUACGGGACAGUCCUCCGAACGUUGAGCCGCCGUAUCGAGAAUUUGCAGCAACUCGACAGAGGCUCGGGACUCGUCGUUCCACUACUGACAUGCCUAUUGUGCAUACCAUUUGAGCUACUGCAUGCCAGAGUACAGGCCGCUACAUCCCAUCUAGAAGGCGCAAUGGCCGUGCUUCAACUGCUCAAACGAGACGCGGAUGUUGUGGGAUUCGGCAGCAGUCUCUUUCCGCUCCAAGAACUACGGGAGGCAUUUGAGGAGCUUUACUGCCAGCACUCGAUGUAUACACCGGACGAGGUUUCUCUAAUAGUAGUCUCCCAGUCGCGCAUCACGAGUCAACCGAUAGCUUCGACCAUUGAUGGCGAAUCUGCACGUGGCAAAAUUGCAACGCCACGAACGGACUUCGACAGAUCUGCUCUUGAAGAGCUCCGUGAUUACAGUGCCCGAGGUCUACGGGGCCUGGGAUCACAUCGCCGCUUUUUCAUCUUAGUGGCUAGAUCUAUGAUUGCGUUGAGAGCGCGGGUCCAUGAGGUAGGCAUAGACAUGGAGUUCUUGAUCGCUCAGAAACAGAUCAUGAAUGUUCUCUCGUUGUGGGCUAAUGCCAUGCAAUACCACUUCUCUCGGAAUCUAGCGCUCGAGCAACAACAACGUUUGAGAAAGUACUCGAUGUUCUACUAUCAAGCGAAGAUUAUGCUAUCGGCGGUCAUGCAUCUCUCUGGCUCCGCGCAGCACGCAUCGGCUCACAUCAAACACGUUGAUGACUUUCAGCGGAUUGUUGAUCUUGCUCACACAGCAGUACUAGUCACGACCGCGGCUUCGACCCAUGCUGGAAACGUCGAAGCUGACUUUGGUCUUCAUGUCGGAGCUAUACAGCCACUCCAUUUCACUGCGACGAAGUGUCCGGAUCCUGAGAUCAAACAUGAUGCUCUGCACUUACUGAGAGGCCCUUAUGCACGGAGGGAAGGUUGGUGGUCUGGAAAGCGCGCCGCAGACUCAGCCAUACUUGAUGCGGAGCAGGGAUGA